CCUCCACUCUCUCUCUCUCUCUCUCUCUCUUCUCACCACCACCAACAAUGGCGGACCGUCAGCCCGGCGCAGGCCCACGAGCCCAACGGCCCGCCUCAGGCCACGCCAUCCUCCGACAGCUCCACAGCCGCGCCCCCAACUCCACCCAGGUCGUCGGCUUGUUGACACUCGUCAUAUCCGGCGCCAUCCUCCUCCUGCUCACCGGGGUGACGCUCACCGGCACCGUCGCGGGUCUGGUCUUCUUCGGCCCAGUUAUCCUUCUCACCAGCCCGAUAUGGUUCCCGGUCGCCGCCGUCAUCUUCAUGGCCAUCGCCGGAUUCCUUUCGGUCUGCGGGUUCGGCGUCGUGGCCGCGGCUGGCGCCACGUGGCUGUACCGCUACUUCAGCGGCCGCCACCCGGUGGGGAGCGACCGGGUCGACUACGCCCGCAGCCGGAUCGCCGACACGGCCAGCCAAAUGAAGGACUACGCCCGGGAGUAUGGUGGGUAUCUUCAGAACCGGGUGAAGGAUGCGGCACCGGGAGCUUAGAGUGGUCGAGAGAUCUUUUAAUGGGGUUUGGUUAUUUUGGUGGAGUUUUCGCUAUCGAGUUACCGUUUUAUUGCCGCCUUCUUUUGUUCUGUUUGGUUUUAGUUAGCGCCGUGCGCCUUGGGUUGGUGUUAGAGGUCUGAUUUAUGGGGCUUGUGAAUGGUGAUGAUAUGGUCUUUUGAUGGAAAUUAAACAAUGAAGAUUUGGUUUGUCUGUUAGGCAAUUUUAUGUUUGCAUGCAUGGUAGCCAACCUCUGUAGUGUGUUUGAGUUAUAUAUAUAUAUAUGAGUUGGAUUGGAUCUAA